CGAUCAGGUCUGAAUUAGAAAAACAACAGUGAGUAGAGUGAGGGAGGGGGGAGGGUGUGUGUGUUGGUUGGGAUUAUUCAUAAACAAAAGUAAAAUUUAGAGAUUCAUUGAUUCGUCUCCAACCAACAAUGUUUUCACCCAAUCAACAUCAUCAACAGAUGCCACUGCAGCAGGCAAGGCUGUUAAAUGUACAAAUCCCCCCAUCCCCAAUUAUUAAUCCUUCUUCAUCUUCUGUACCUGCCGUUGUCGACGGAGGAGGAGCACUCUCUCAGGCUCAGUCACUAGUUAUUUCUUCAAAGAAGCUUGAGGAUGAACUGCUUUUUCUAGGACAAAAUAUUAAACAUCGUGAACAUAACAUCAAACAUCUCAACUCUUGUAUUCACACCUUAGACGACCAGAUUACAGAUGUGCAAGAUAUUCUUGGUUCAUCGACCACACCCAUGAUUCAAGACUCCCACAAACCAACUGACCUCAUCAUGCAGCACCAUCAACAAUCGGCUGCUGCCCUUAUAUGCCAACUGCAAUCGUCCGCCGAUCCUUAUUCUACUAAGGAUGUUCUCGGCGUUGUUGCCUCUCUUGGGAAAGUUAAUGAUGACAGCCUUAGCAGGCUUCUAUCCGAGUACCUUGGGUUAGAUACUAUGCUGGCAUUAGUUUGCUUGACAUAUAAAGGGGUUGAAGUUUUGGAAACUUAUGAUACAGAAGGCUUUGUCAGUCGAAGCUCUGGGCUUCAUGGGAUUGGGGCUUCACUAGGCAGGACCAUGAACCAACGAUUUAAUGUGAUCUGCCUUGAAAAUUUGAGACCAUAUGUUGGUGAGUUUAUGCCUGAUGACCCACAAAGGAGGCUUGCUCUUUUAAAACCAAAAUUAACUAAUGGUGAAUCUCCAAAUGGGUUUCUUGGGUUUGCUGUGAAUAUGAUUCAUCUUGAUAGUGCACAUUCACUCUCUCUCACAAAUGAUGGACAUGGGCUUAGAGAGACUCUUUUCUAUAAUCUCUUCUCGAGGUUGCAAGUUUACAGAACGAGAGCGCACAUGCUGCAGGCCCUGCCUUUUUUAUCCGAUGGAGCUGUAUCACUGGAUGGCGGGAUAAUAAGGGACAACGGUGUGUUUGUUUUCGGCACCCGGAAUGAGAUGAAUGUUAGAUUUGCAAUAAGCUCUUAUCUACCUGAGAACUUGGUUGAAAUUGUAAAGCAAAUGAAGGAGUUGAAAUGGAAAAAGGAAACAACAGCGGAAGAACUGCAAAGAGAAGAAGAGAUUUUAACUCAUGUAAAGUACACAUUUGAAGUAAAGAAGCAGGAGUUUGUCAGGUUCAUGGCUCAAAGCUCGCCAUAUGCCAUACAGUACCCAAUGCAAGCAACCCCAAGGCGUGUGACUCCUAGAUGACGCUUGAUUCUAUAGGAAUACAUGUUAUCAGCUGCAGAACCUUUUUUUUUUGACCUGUUAAAUAAAAUUCAGUUCUUUAGUUAUUAACUGAAGAGCUGAGUUCAAUGUUCAUUCAAAGGUAAUGCUUCACAAAAUCUAGUGUAUGUGAGAGACCAUAGAUUAGUUUUUAGUUAUUUAUGUGGUUGAUAACCAUGCAUUAUUGUGUGGUGGGUGGCAGUGACUAAUUCAUGUUGUUUUCCAGCAUGCAAAAUCCAGAUCUAGUGUUUACAGUUGUAGAUGUAGUCUGUUGUACAAUUAGUCAAUUAUAUGGGUUUCAGAAUUUAUGAUUACCUUAA